GGGGGUUGGUGGGCAUGGUAGGGGUAGCGACGGACCCUAGACAUAGGGAGGGCUCUCAGGGCCUGUCUUGCUCUCCUCAUGCCCACACUUGUGUUGGUUCUAUAACCAGUGGCUACGAGAAACUGACGUCUAUUGGACCCACUCAAUUGUGGGGUCCAGAAGGUCAGCAAUCAAUCUUUGGAAUCCAGAGAUUCCGCACCAGUGGUUUAGGUAACAACGGUCAUCAUGCUUAAAGCUGUGAUCCUCAUUGGAGGCCCCCAGAAGGGGACUCGCUUCAGGCCUUUGUCUUUUGAGGUGCCCAAACCGCUGUUUCCCGUGGCAGGUGUCCCUAUGAUCCAGCACCACAUAGAAGCCUGUGCCCAGGUCCCUGGGAUGCAGGAGAUUCUACUCAUUGGCUUCUACCAGCCUGAUGAGGCUCUCACCCAGUUCCUAGAAGCUGCCCAGCAGGAGUUUAACCUUCCAGUCAGGUACCUGCAGGAGUUUGCUCCCCUUGGCACAGGGGGUGGCCUCUACCAUUUUCGGGACCAGAUCCUAGCUGGGGCGCCUGAGGCCUUCUUCGUGCUCAAUGCUGACGUCUGCUCUGACUUCCCCUUGAGUGCCAUGUUGGAUGCUCACAGGCGCCAGCGCCACCCUUUCUUACUCCUUGGCACCACGGCUAACAGGACACAAUCCCUCAACUACGGCUGCAUCGUUGAGAACCCACAGACGCAUGAGGUCCUGCACUAUGUGGAGAAACCCAGCACCUUUAUCAGUGACAUCAUCAACUGUGGCAUCUACCUUUUCUCCCCAGAAGCCCUGAAGCCUCUCCGGGAUGUUUUCCAGCGUAAUCAGCAGGAUGGGCAACUGGAGGAGUCUUCAGGCUCAUGGCCUGGUGCAGGGACCAUCCGACUAGAGCAGGAUGUAUUCUCGGCCCUGGCUGGGCAGGGCCAAAUCUAUGUGCACCUCACUGAUGGUAUCUGGAGCCAGAUCAAGUCUGCAGGCUCAGCCCUUUAUGCCUCACGCCUCUAUCUGGGGCGAUACCAGAUCACUCACCCAGAACGGCUAGCCAGACACACUCCAGGGGGCCCACGAAUCAGAGGAAAUGUUUACAUCCAUCCAACUGCUAAAGUGGCCCCAUCAGCUGUGCUGGGCCCCAAUGUCUCCAUUGGGAAGGGGGUGACCAUAGGCGAGGGUGUGCGUCUGCGAGAGAGCAUUGUCCUCCACGGAGCCACUUUGCAGGAACACACCUGUGUCCUUCACAGCAUUGUGGGCUGGGGGAGCACUGUGGGGCGCUGGGCCCGCGUAGAGGGGACUCCCAAUGACCCCAAUCCCAAUGACCCCCGAGCUCGCAUGGACAGUGAGAGCCUCUUCAAAGAUGGAAAGCUGCUUCCUGCCAUCACUAUCCUGGGCUGCCGAGUACGGAUCCCUGCUGAGGUGCUCAUCCUGAACUCCAUUGUUCUACCACAUAAGGAGCUAAGUCGAAGCUUCACCAACCAAAUCAUCCUGUGAGGACACUGCCAAAAGGCCCCCAGGACUCCCGCCCACUCUCCUUUGGGCUGCUGCCUGCCUGGCCAGCUCUGUCCAGAAAGGACCUGAGGAAGCCACCUUGUAGGGAGCCAUGUGUGUGGCCAGGGACACCUGGCCUCCCUCCCCACUCCCAAAUAAACCCCAGUGAACCUUGGAGCCA